AUGGUUGAGAUCGCUUUUAUUAACUUCUUCCUUGAGCUAAAAAUCUUGCUCAGCAAUCAAAAGAUUAAUUUUUUUUCUAAUGGUUAUUGAUUAUAUAGAAACUUUUCAUUGUUAAAAAAUUAAAAAUUUUCAAAAUUUGAAACAAAAAAUCUAAUUAAAAUAGAAAAUUUUAUUUUAGAACUCUAAAUUAUAUUUUAUUGUGUAAUUACUAACUAACAUUAAUAAUAGUUUGCGCAACAAAAAAAAAUUGUUCAUUAAUCAAGGUGACUUUCUAAUGUCUUGCUCUAUAGCCAAGGGGGAUUAAGAGGAUGCAAGCAAAAAUCGAUGAAUUUUUCCAAAAGAAAUUCUAUGAUAAAGGAAUAAAAAAAUGCUUACUCCCCCCCCCCCCUCCGUGAGUGAGUGAGCAAAACCAUAACUCCGCCCCCCAUCCUUGAUCGAACGACUCGCCAUCGUUCGAUCAAGAAUGGGGGUUAAAACAAAUUUUUUUGGGAAAAAAAUUUUUAUAUAUAAAUAAAAUAUCUAUAUAUAUUAUUUUUUUAUUUACUUUUAAAUAAGAGGGUUAAAGAGUAUUUAAUAAUUAUUUUUACAGCAAAAAAUUUGAAUUAAUUUCAUAAAAAUACCAAUUUUUUAUACUUUAAUUUAUUAGUUACCCCUUAAACUGUAUAAAUUUUAAUUUGUUACUUAUUAAAUUAAAAUUUUUGUUUUUAAAUUUUAAAGAAUCUCUAUUUUAUUAGAUUAUUGAGAGUUUUUAAGCCUAGGUUGAUGACUAAAUCACUUCGAAUGGUUGAUUCCGAAGCUUUCUGUCGUCUCAAAGUCUCUGAAAACAACUUCAUUAGGUACAUCUCCCCAAGCUUUUGAUAACUAUUAUAUUUUUAUAUAUAUAAAAAAUUUGCAUGAUAUGAAAAUCGUUCGAUCAAGGAUGGUGGUUAAUUUCCCCAAUUUUUAGGAAAUUUUUACAGUCAAUCGUUCGAUCAAGGAUGGGUGGGGGAGUAAGAAAAAUCCCUAUUUUUUGCCUAAAAACCCACCCUCCGUGAGUGAACAAAAAUUUUUUUAAUAGAAAAAUUUUUAUGGAAAAAAAAUUUUGACAUAUAAAUGAUAAUUACUAUAAUGAAAUAUAGAGCUAAUUCUGUUUAAUUUUAAACAAAUUAUUUUUUAAAACAUAAAUUUUGCAAAUUGAAUUAAUAUUUACUUUCCAAUUUUUGCUUAAGCAAUACUUAAGCUUUGUGAAAGAUUUUCCAGAGCACAAAAUCGCAAUUUCUGAGUAUUUACGAGCAGUUUUAUUAUCCUGUUUAGAAAUAGCAAAUAAUAUAAAAGAAAAUGAAACUGCCAUAUCUGUGCUUUUAUCUUGCCACAAACUUAUCGAGCCUCAUUUGCCAUUAACUCCAUGCGAAAUCUUUAGCGUAAAACGGACUUUAGCAAAGCUAUACUUUGAAGGCCAAAAUUUUAUUGAAGCUGAAAAUCUUUUUCGAGAAUCAAUAAAAUUGUCAAAAGGCCUCCCAUUAGAUAAAACAAUAUUGGAGGUGUAUUUAUUUUAUAGCAGAUUUUGCAGUGAUAUCACAAAGAAACGAAAAACAUCAGGCAAAUUAGCUAAAAAAGUACUUAAGUCUGCAACUAAGCUGAAAGAAGAAAAUAGUGUUAUUGGAGACUUGCAAGAAAGGGCACUGGAGAUCCUCAUAAAAAGUGAAAUUGGUGUAAAUAAUCAAGAUAAUGCUAUAAAAUUAUUGUCUUAUGCAAGUAAACUGGUAAAUGUAAACAUACAAAGACUUGUAAAAUUACUUGGGGAUAAAUUUCAGUGUUUAAGUGAAUCAGAAGUUCUCAUUGAUUUAAUGAAGGUAGGUAAAGGUCUUCAAAGAAAAACACUGCAAAUUCAAUCUCCAAAAGGUCUAGCCCAAAUCGGAUCACUUACUCCACAAUCUGCUAGAAUUCUAUCCCCAGGGCAUUUUUCAUUUAAACCAAAAAUACCAGACUUUAAAAAUGAGCCAGUUCAGAAGGCUAGAAUUUCAAAUUUGCCCAAAGAAGAUGAAAAAGGAAAUGAUCAAAAGCCUUCAAGCAAUGCUGUAAAUAAAGAAACUAAAACUAAUGAAAACACUCCUUAUGAUCAGCAAUCCCCAAUAAGUCCAAAAAAUAUAGCUGAUGAAAACUGCUUUAAUAUUCAAGCACCGCCAGACAAUAAGGAUAAUAGGCUGCCAAAUGAAACAGAAAAAAUUAAUCAUAAAGAAAACAAAAUUAAUGAAGAAAAGAAUAUCAAUCAGAAAAAUAGCAUUUUCGGAAGCCAAAAUGCAAAAGAGGAUAAUGCAAAAGAAGAUAGAUUCUAUAAAAUAACAAAAAUAUCAACAAUUAUACAGUCAUUUGUAAGGAAAUUUCUAACGAGGAGAAAAUUUAAAAAUGUCAAAUCAUUACAAAACCGCUUCAAUGGCUAUAUUGCGUAUGGGAGAAAGAACUUGAACGGAAAAUUAUAUUUUGUCACAAUUAAAUAUGAAGGUAUUGACUACCAAAACUUGCGUAAAAUAUAUGGUCCUCUUGCUGCCAACACAAAUAAGUUUAAUAUUAUUUUGGAUGCAUACCCAUUGGUUUCUGGAACUAAAAAGCCAACUUUCAGCUGUUAUUCCACUAAAGAAAUAACGGAUUUGCUAGGGAUAUGGGAUUUUGAUUACUUAAGGAGCACAUUGCAGCCUGCAUUAUUGAACAACGUAAAAAUUGUUAAUGACCAUAUUGAGUUUUAUGGCAAUGAAAAAGUAAGUGAUCCUAUGAAAAGACUUAUUUACCGCGGGAAGGGUAAAUUAGGUACAUGCAACUAUUAUAAUAUAAGAAUCUAUGAGAUUAUUCACUCCUCCCUUUAAAUUGGAACAAAAUUAUCUUGUUCCAAUUUAAAUGUUUUUUUUUAUAAAUUUAAAAAAUUAAAAAUGUUCUUGAUUUUGAAUUUAUUUUAGGCUAGAACAAUUUAAUCAAAAAAUUAUUGAUUAAGCGAGAAGCUAUUUAAAUAAUAUUCUAUUUGCAUUUUUUUUCCAUUAAUUUAGGGUCUUACUAAUUUUAAAAAAAUAAUUCUACUUGCACUUUUUACAUUAAUUUAGGUCUUAGAAAUUUAUAAAAAUUAGUAUUUUUACAUAUAAACAAAAUUUGUUCCGAUUUAAAUGGAUUUAAAGUACCCAAAAGUGGAAUUUUACCGAUAAUUGCUUAAAUUUAAACAGGAGAAUCAAGGUUCUGCAAAAAGUUAUGCAAUUUCAGCAUUCACAUUGCAACAAAAAAUGGAAAAAAUGCUAAGGUUAAGCGAACUUUCUGAAUUACUUGGAAUUGCUGAAAAUGAUGCUAUGUUAAAUACGAUUCAUAAGCUUGCUUCUUUUCUUGCUAUAGAAAACAAUAGACUAAUUAUAAAGCAGGAUAGAGCACCUUCUAUGUAA